CAAUACUUCGCCCGAAUCCAGCGUCGCUGCAAAACCCCAAGCCUGCCCUCCCCUCCAACGACUCUUGCUUUGACUCAUACCUGCGUCUCACGUGCAGACAUGCUCCGCUCGUGCCCUGCCACAGUAAAUAGACGGCCGCCACUCGCUAUGCCUGAUGCUCCUGAGGUUUCUGCUUUCCCGCUCUCGUUAUCGCGACUCAAAAUCAAACUGCUGUUCUAAAUCUCCACUCUGCUGCGUUUUCAUGACCAUUUCCACGUAUGACGUCUCCUCAACCGUCGCCUCCGUCGUUGAAGCGAUCGGUAUCAGGCGAGAGCCAUGACAGCCAGGCCUCCAAGACCUCGCGCGCCUCUUCGAAGCUGCUAUUCGGCGAGAUCCCGCUGACACCCGCCUCAGCUGACGGGAGAUCACAUCGAUCGAACAGCUCCAUCUGCAAUCUCGUGUUGUCGACAAGCUCCUCGUUCCUCCGGUUCUGGCUGAACGAUACCUGUCGCAAUGCGCUGCUCGAAAAGGUCCCCAAGGAGGAGCUACCAAACGUCCGCCUGGUGUGCCACGACUUUGCUACUCGAGCCACGCCCUUCUUGUUUCAAGAUGUCUCAAUUACCUUCAAGCCCAGCACCUUUACCAAGCCAGCGCGCAUGGCUGCCCUGGAGAGAGUCGGCCGUCACGUGAAGACUCUUACCUUCAAUAUGCCUCACACUUCAGAGACUUUCCUACCUCCACUGGUCGACCCGUUGACCGGGGAACAUCGACCAUUUCUUUAUGAACCCCAGGUCCAUCCACCUAAUACGCUGGCCGGCAAGGUCAAGCAACCCAAGUACGGAUCCUGGGAGAUGACCGACCUCCUCAUCAAGCAAUACCCACCCCUCUUCCACGCCGCAACUAACAUCCCCGCCUUCAUUCGAGCCUUCUCCCUGCUCCCAACCCUCUCCCACCUCAAAAUCAGCUGCCCAGGCCAAGAGACCGCCCAGCGCUACCGCCGCAGCACCGUCGACUACGCCCUCAUCUCCCUCCGCAUCGCCAUUGAGCGCGCCCACCUGCCCCAGCUAACCACACUUUCCCUCCUCCCUAUCCAUCCAGGCGGCCUGCUGUACCUCCAACCCAUGCUCGCCUUCGGCUCCACCCCACGUUCCUCCCGCCGCUGGGCACAAAUCCGCAAACUAGCAAUCCACAUGGACUCCUUCCCCUUCGCGCAAAAAUCCCGCACCGAGCACCUCCGCAUCCUGCACGCCUACCUCCGCGCGUUCGCGCCAGCCCUCACCCGCCUCUUCUUCCGCUGGCGCGGCGAGCGUGGCCCUUCGCCGCUCUCUCUAGACCGCGAACCUUGCAUGCAGCCCCCCACUCCACCGGGCAGCUCCCACUCUACCCGCGCCAAACCCCAGCUCAACGGGCCCCGCGCGCUCAAGUUCCCCCGCCUCCGCUACAUGGAGCUCGAAAACGGCGUCAUGGACUCCUCCCAGAUCUCGGCGUUCAUCCACGCGCACCGCCGCACGCUCGCAGACUUCAACUUCGAGGACGUCACGCUGCGCUCCGGCGACUGGGACGAUGCGCUGGCGCCCUUGACGCGCCUAACCGGCUCCGACGAGUGGAAGCGGAAGGCGGAGGAGGUCAUGGAUGUGCCUGUGAUGCUGAGCCCCGUGGACAUGGAGCCGCGGAUCCUAGGGCCGCUGAUGGGACAGGAUGAGGGCGAGGGAGACGUGCAAGGGAAGGGGCUGGCGAGGUGGUUGAGUAAAGGGCGGAGUGCGGUGGUGGGGAAGAAGGCGCGGGAGCAGGUGUGGGGCGGGAGUGAGCAUAUGCGGCGGUUUUUGAGGAGUUCGGUGUUCUCGUGGAGAUGAGCGUUACUGGAAAAGGCGCUAGUCACUACGUCAUGUAAAGGUAUUAGUAGUGUUGGUGUCGUACGGAUUCGGCGCAGUUGAGGUUCGGGAUCGGAGCUCGAGGUAUUGUUGUCUUAUGAGGUGUAUUCAUGGUGGUGGCAUCUUAUGCAUGGACGGACGGGAUUUACGGACGGUGGCGCAAGAGCCGGCUUCCUCUGGCAAGCACAGAGUUGAGGCGGCGGCUUUCUUUUGGUUCUUCUUUUGACUUCUCAUGACCUUCAUUUGGCGGACGGAACGGAACAGUCUUCAUGAUGACGAUGACGGGCGAACGCUUCACGCUUCACGCUUUUGAUGAGUAUCACGCUGACACGCAGUUUGUUGUAUAUACAUUCUUUAACCAAUUUCAUAAUGUUGAACAUUUCUCAUU